AUGGCAGCCCAACCAAACAACUCAGCAGGACCUCGCACGCAAAGACGCUACUCCGACGUACUCAGACAAGGCACCGCGUCAACUGCAUCCCGACGCAUCCCCAUGUUCACGUGUAUAGUCUGCGAAGACGACUUCUCCGCCAAGCAGUGCUACCGCCACAUCUGCAACCACACCUACUGCCACGAAGACCUGCGGCAGCUAGUCCGCACCUCUCUGACAGCCUCAGGCCUCUUUCCGCCGGAAUGCUGUUAUCAGCCCAUCCCUUUCGACGAAGUGAAGCGCUUCCUCGGAGAAGAGUUGAUCAGAGAGUACGGAGCGAAGUUGGAGGAGUUGGGGGAUGCGAAGCCGGUGUAUUGCCAUGUGGCUGCGUGCGGCGCUUAUAUCGGCAAAGGUGAAAGGGCAGAGGAGUCGAUGAGGGCGACUUGCCAGCGGUGUGGGGCGGCGACGUGCGUGCUGUGUCGACAAGAAGGCCAUGAGGGAGACUGCAGCGCGCAGAUGGACGACGAGGCCGCGAAGCAGUUUCGCCAGCUCGCGAAGGAGAAGCGCUGGCAGACGUGUCCCAAGUGUCGCCGGACGGUGGAGCGGGCAAUCGGCUGCAACCAGAUCACAUGCCUCUGCGGCGCCCAGUUCUGCUAUCUCUGCGGCACGCCGUGGAAGCACUGCGAGUGCGCUGACGAGGGCGACGGCUUCGAUGACGAGCAGUACUGGAUCCAGGUGGCUUGUACCGACGCCGGCCAGCACGACUGGGAGCAUCGCAGUGGACCGAACACGUGCGAUCUGUGCGGGCAGGUGAUGCCGGCAUUUGUAUUUGAGUGUCAGAUUUGCCGGCGGCAGCGAUGUAGGCGGUGUCGGGAGUACUGGGGCUAG